CUCCAUCCACCAUUCCAGCACGACCUCCAUCCACCAUUCCAGCACGACCUCCGACUGCCAUUUCCCAGCCCACCGCGACAGCAGCAGCGACGCCGCGACGGCUCUGCCCUCCUCGGCGUGACAGUAGCAGCAGUGCAGCAGUUGAUAAUGGCAUUCUCCCCUCCUGAAGUCUCCUCAACAAUGCCCAAUGCAAUAACAUCUCAAAACUCCAUUGACAAUCAACAUUCAACGGAUGAUCAUAUUGUUACAAAUACUGACAUUGAAGGUGGAAGUGGAGAUGGUGAAACAGGUGGAAGUGCAGAUGGUGAAACAGGUGGGAGUGGAGAUGGUGAUACAGGAGGAGCAGAAGAUGAUUUGCACUUUCAGCCGAAGAAGAGACAAAAGACUUCGAAAGUUUGGUUGGAGUUCAAUGUAAUUGAUGCUGUCAAUAAAGCCGAGUGCAAGCAUUGCAAAUCUAGACUAUCGAUUUUGAAGAGCAAGAGUACUACCCACCUCUCAAGACACUUGGCUUGUUGUUUGAAGCGAAAGCUAAAUCAGAAGCAACAACAGAAGAUUUCAUUGGAGCCUAUCAAUGAAAAUAGUGUUUCCAUGGCUUCCAUUGCUCUCACAGAUGGCAAAUUUGACAUGAGAAAAAUGAGGGAGGCAAUUGCUCAUUGGAUACUCAUGCACGAGCAUCCAUUUACAAUUGUUGAAGAAGAAGGAUUUAAUAUGAUGCAGAAACGUGCAGCAUUGGAUUGGGAAAAGGUAUCACGCAAUACAAUCAAGAAAGAUUGUACUCAAGUGUAUGAUAUUGAGAGGAAGAAGCUGAUGGCACAACUAAAGAACAUCAACAAGAUUAGUGUGACUACCGAUUUGUGGAGAUCAACGAAUCAGAAGAUCGAAUACAUGGUACUUACUGGACAUUUUGUUGACUCUUGCUGGAAAUUGCAAAAAAGAGUUCUUAGUUUUGUUCAUCUACCACCUCCUCAUCGUGGUGUUGAGAUAGCGGAUAAUCUUUACAAGUGUAUGAAAGAUUGGGGUAUUGAGAAUAAAGUGUUCACCAUUUCAGUCGACAAUGCUUCAAACAACGAUGUGGCAAUUCGCAUAUUGGCUGACACUUUCUCAAGAAACAAGAAGUUGUUAUGUGGAGGUAAACUGUUCCAUGUGCGGUGUUGUGCACACAUCCUGAACCUUAUGGUUCAGGAGGGACUUUCAAGGAUUGCUUACAUUAUUGAAGACAUACAUGAAAGUGUGCUCUUCAUCAAUUACAAUGAGGCAAGACUUCGAGCAUUCUCUGAAAUUGUGCAGCAGUUACAACUACCACAUCGGAAGCUUGUUCUCGAGUGCAAAACAAGAUGGAACUGA